AUGGCGCUGAUCAUGGCGGGUGCGCCGGGGGAGGGGAGGAGGGAGGUUGCGGAGGGGAUGUUGCUCGCGCUGGAGGGGGCGGUGGGGGAGCAGCGUGGGGAUGGGGGCGGGGGCGCGGAUGCGGGGGCGGCGGAGGUGGUGUGGGAUCGCGUCGUGGACGCAGCGCACGUUGCGCACCCGAUACGGCAGUGCGGCGAGCUUUCGCUGGACGAGUUCCAGGAGCACAUGGACGUCCUCAACACGCCGGUGAUCAUUUGCGGGGCGCUUUCGCAGUGGCCGGCGCUGGGUGCGCGGCCGUGGAGCUCGCCAGCGUACCUGCUGUCGCUGACGCACGGGGGGCGGCGCCUAGUCCCCGUCGAGGUGGGGCGCGCAUAUACCGACGCCGGGUGGGGACAGAAGAUCGUGCCGUUCCGCGAGUUCCUGGAGACGUACAUGACCGAGGGCGCAACGGAGAUCGGGUACCUCGCGCAGCACACGCUGUUUAACCAGAUCCCGAGGCUGCGGAAUGAUAUCGUUAUCCCCGAUUACUGCUAUGCGGACCCAGGGGACCCCCCCGGGAAUGUUAAGGCUACGGAGAUGUUGGGUGAGCCUGUGAUUAAUGCUUGGCUCGGCCCCAGGGGAACGGUCAGUCCCUUGCAUACCGACCCGUACGCGAACGUCCUCGCGCAGGUCGUUGGCAGCAAGUAUGUCAGGCUGUAUCCGCCAGAGGAGACGCCGAGGGUGUUUCCGCGUGGCGUCGAGGAGGGAGGCGUGGAUAUGGGUAAUACGAGUCGUGCUGAGGUCGAGGAGGAGGGAGGCGGAAGUGAGUUGACGGAAGAGGAGAGCGAGGUGUUCAAACAAGCCAGGUACGUGGACUGCGUUUUCAGGGAGGGCGAGCUGCUGUUUGUUCCCGCUGGCUGGUGGCAUUAUGUCCGGAGCUUGGAGACAAGCUUUAGUGUUAGCUUCUGGUGGAAUUAG